AAAGCUUCAUGCCUCCUCCUCACUCUUUGAUUUCCCUCUCGCAAGCAAGAUCAUGGUUAAAAAUUUAUCAUAUUCCACCACCGAGACUUGUUUAAGGAAGGAAUUUUCAAAUUUUGGCCAGAUAGCCGAAGUUAAGCUUGUUAUGGAUGAAAAGGCGAAGAGGUCAAAAGGGUAUGCUUUUAUUCAGUACACUAGUCAAGACGAUGCCCUGCUAGCUCUAGAAAGCAUGGAUCACAAGUAUUUUGAUGGCAGGGUGAUCUUCGUGGAACUUGCAAAGCCAGGGCGCAAUGCGUUUGGUGUAUACCCAAAAACCACCGGACCACCACAAGAGCAGAACAUUGCGAAUCAAGAUGAGGCAACGGAGUGAGUAGGAGUAUCACUUUUCAGAUUUCUGUUUGGCUUGCAAAGCCUGCAACAGGUUAGGCUUAGCCUAGUGUUUGUGCAUUGUUGAUUCAAUCUUAUAUGAAAGAUCCUUCAAAAAAUGAUUUUUCUGUCUAUGUGAUGGGCACAACAUUGAAUGUUUACUUGGAAGUAAAUGAGUUGUUGAAUUGCUAGCCAUUUUUUGUUAAAUGAAUAUACUGAAUUACUAAUAA